CAUACACACUACAAGGCUUGUAGUUCAGAACACAGAAAGCAAUAACGGCAACGAGGAUCAAUUCAAACAAGGCAACAGCGACCAACAUGACACUUCUUCACCAUGGUAUUGCAAACACUUUGCCCCGCCUCUCCACCAAAUAUGCCACUGCGAUUCGUCGGCUCAUUGCUUCGUCGUCUCGAGUUGCUGCCAUAGGAUCCGGUGAACACUUGUCCCCCGUUUGGGGCCACCUCACAACCAUGCAACCAGUGAAAGGAGAAGGCAUCUAUCUAUGGGAGGCAGACGGCACCAAACACACUGACUUUACGUCCGGUAUCGGCGUGACAAACCUAGGCCACACGCACCCAAAGAUCACCGAGGCCAUCCGGGAGCAGGCCACCAAGUUGCACUUCGGUCAAAUGAACGUGGUCAUGCUGCCCCAGUUUGUCGAGUUGUCGGAAAAACUGGACGAAAUCACCCCCGACGGAAUCAACAAUUUUUUCUUUGCCAAUAGCGGUGCCGAGGCUACCGAGGCCGCAGUCAAGCUGGCAAGGCACGCAUCGGGGAAGAAAAACAUUGUGGUCUUCAAGGGGAGCUUUCACGGCCGGACGGCACAGUGCAUGGCAAUGACCACCUCCAAGUACAUUUACCGCGAAAACUACGCGCCGCUUCCCGGGGGAAUACACGUCACACCCUUUCCCUACUCAUACUUUUAUGGAUGGGGGCAAGAAGCGACCGUUGAUUUUUGCAUGAAGGAACUCGACCGGGUGGUCAUGGGUCAGACCUCUCCCGACGAAACGGCGGCUAUAUUUGUCGAGCCCGUGCUGGGAGAGGGCGGAUACGUCCCCGCCCCAAACGCAUUUAUAGAGAGACUCCGCGAGUUUUGCGACCGCCACGACAUCUUGAUGGUCGCCGACGAGAUUCAGUGCGGUUUUGGCCGCACCGGCAAGAUGUUUGCCAUAGAACACAGCGGCGUUCGGCCCGAUAUAUUAAUUAUGGCAAAGGGACUGGGCAACGGAAUGCCAAUUUCGGCCGUGGGUGCCUCGCACGAACUGAUGUCCAGGUGGAAGACGGGAACGCACGGAGGGACCUAUGGAGGAGGGAACACCAUAGUCGCCAGGGCGGCCCUAGCCACCAUCAAAACCAUGAGGGACGAGAAGAUCCCGGAAAAGGCGGCUGCAAUGGGCGAGUACCUCAUGGACAAGCUUCGCGCCCUGAGGGAUCGUAUCCCCAUAAUUGGAGACGUUCGUGGGUUGGGUCUGAUGGUCGGAACGGAAUUCACCGAUCCCUCCAGCGGGAAGCCGGCGGGGGAUGUUGCCGGGGCGGUUCGGUCGGCCUGCAUCGAGAAAAACCUGCUGCUCCUGAGCUGCGGUACCUACGACAACGUGAUUCGAUGGGUUCCACCACUGAUCGUCACCGAGAAUCAGAUCGACGAUGCCAUGGAUAUCUUCGAGCAAGCCGUCAUGAAUGCUACCGGCGGUAUGAGCAGCAAACAAAAAAAUAUUGCAUAGUGCAACACAGUCUAGCGCAGCGUCACCACAGGUCCUUCGAUUUUCGGAUACGACACUAUACACACACGACUACAUAUGUCCCCUACCACACAAUGAUCAUUGAUCAAGAAACAUAGAAUACACCAAACUAGCAGUAUCCAUUUUAGGAUAGAAAUACUUGAUACAUUUUGUUGAGAAUAAAUUAUUUAAUUUUGA